UAUGAGGCGAGUCGCCGGAGAGAAAACAGGGUAUUAAAGCAGAUCCCUGAGAGCCAAAGCAGAGGCUGAGAGUGUGAGCCCAAAGUCAGUGGCCUGGGAGGUGGAGGCGUGUGUGUGUCCUGCUGAGGAGACACAGGGGCCCUUUGUGUGGGGCCUGAGCUGCCUCCUGUGUCCCGGUGCUGCCGGCUCCUGGGGAACAUGCCGGGGCUCCUCCUUUCCAUGCUGCUGGCCGCUGCUCUGGGGCAGUUCUGCUGCCAGGCGCAGGGGGGCGCGCCAUUGGCCGCGGCGGCGCCGGAAGCCAGGCCCGGAGGAGAACUAGGAGAACCGGAAGUGCAGCCCCGCAGGCAGUUCUGUCACUGGCCCUGUAAAUGCCCCCGUGCGCAGCCCAGCUGCCCUCGGGGAGUGAGCCUGCUGAGGGACGGCUGCGGGUGCUGUAAGAUCUGUGCCAAGCAACCGGGGGACAUCGGCAAUGAAGCCGACCUCUGUGACCCCCACAAGGGGCUCUACUGUGACUACUCAGCCGACAGGCCUCGCUUCGAGACCGGAGUGUGCGCGCACCUUAUAGCUGUGGGGUGCGAGUUCAACAGGGUGCAUUAUCGUAAUGGCCAAGUCUUUCAGCCCAGCCCCCUGUUUAGCUGCCUCUGUGUGAGUGGGGCCAUUGGAUGCACACCUCUGUUCAUUCCAAAGCUGGAUGACAGUCGCUGCUCUGGUGCUAAAGGUAGAAAGAAGUCUGAUCAGUCCAACUGUGGCCUGGGACCCUUCCAAAAGCAGCUUUCAGCAAGCUACAAAGCAAUGCCAGCUUAUAGGAAUCUCCCACUUGUUUGGAAGAGAAAAUGUCUUGUGCAAGCAACAAAGUGGACCCCUUGCUCCAGAACAUGUGGGAUGGGAGUGUCCGAUCGGGUCACCAAUGAAAAUAGCAACUGUGAAAUGAGAAAAGAGAGAAGACUGUGUUAUAUUCAACCUUGUGACAGUAAUAUAGCAAAGAGCGUAAAGAUCCCCAAAGGAAAAACGUGCCAACCUACUUUCCAACUGCUCAAAGCUGAAAAAUUCGUCUUUUCUGGAUGCUCAAGCACUCAGAGUUAUAAACCCACUUUCUGUGGAGUAUGCUUGGAUAAGAGAUGCUGUAUCCCUAAUAAGUCUAAAAUGAUAACCAUUCAAUUUGACUGCCCAAACGAAGGGUCAUUUAAGUGGAAGAUGCUGUGGAUUACAUCUUGCGUAUGUCAAAGGAACUGCAGAGAGCCAGGAGAUAUAUUUUCUGAGCUCAAGAUCCUAUAAAACCUAGUAUAUAUGGGAAAAGUUAAGUUUAGGUAAUCAUGUCAUUACAUAAGGAAAUUAGAGUGGUUUUAAAAGGGUGGCACAUCUACUUUACUGAUUUAAAAAAGGGAAGAAUACUUACCCAUUCUCAGAUGACUCUAUGUAAGGCAUUAGAGGCUAUUUAAAAUGUUCUCUUAAAAAUAUAUGUAAAACUUGGUUAGCUCUUUCUGCUCAUAGGUCUUGUCCCUCUGCUUUAAUAAAAGCUUUUUUGCACCAAAAAUAUCUAUAUAUGUAUAUAUAUAGCUUAAAAUUCUUGAAAGUGAACUCUUGUUUAAAAUGUGUAAUUAUGAAAUACACAUAGUUGCUUCCAUCUCCCUAUUCCAUACAUACUGGAAAAAUUAUACAAUUUACAAGAAAGCAUUUUAUUCUAUAAAAUAAUCUAAAAUACUUUGUUGAAGAUGUGUAAAACGUUUAGAACUUUUUUAACUUUAUUUUUUAAAACUUUAUCUGUACUUUGACGGUGUAGCCUAGGAUUCCAUCAGAUGAUAAUCAUUACACAGUGAGCAAGAUUCUGGGUUUACUUCUUAAAUAGGAAUAAGAUUAAACUGCAAAUAUAAUUUCCACUACCCUAUCCUGAGUAUUAGGAUUUCUUUUAAAAGAAGAAAAUAGAACUUCUUUGGCCAUUAUUGACAACUGUAAACUAAAAGUUUAUAUAAGAAAUACUGUAAAAAAUGAAAUUUCCAAGAUUAAGAACAGUACCCGUACUUUGAAAAGGAAAGAAACUUAAAGACCUGACACUAAAGAAAGCACAGAUUAUUAUGGCUUGAAAAUAAAUUGUUCCCCAAAAUUACUUUCUUAAAUGAUAAAUCCACCUAUGGAUUUAAAAUAUAAAUUGUAUUUAAAGUUAAUUUAAUGUUAAAACUAUAACUGGAGAUUACAAAUGGAACACGUUCCCUAGACUAUUAUAGCCAUUUUCCUGUAAACUUUAGAAGAUGUCAAGCUAAGUAAUGUUUUAUUUGCUUAUAUAAAUGGUAAUAAGCAAAUCCAAUAACAAGCAAUACUGUUUAAAAAUAUAGACAUUUAUUAUUAUGAAAUCAACUGUUUUAAUA